UGUGCUGUGUGUUCUGUGUGAGAGAGAAUGUGUGUGUAUGUGUGGUAACCCAGAGCAGCAGAGCUCUCAGUCAGACAUGGCGGCGGAUCCUCAGCCGGACUGGCUCUCCUGCCUUCCUUCUUCUUGGAGUUACGGCGUGACUCGGGAUGGACGUAUAUUCUUCAUCAACGAAGAAGCGAAGAGCACAACCUGGUUACAUCCUGUCACUGGAGAAGCUGUGAUCACUGGGCACAGGAAAACUCCAGAUUUACCAACAGGAUGGGAAGAAGGAUACACAUUUGAGGGAGCGCGCUGCUUCAUCAACCACAAUGAGCGGAAGGUGACAUGUAAGCACCCGGUGUCAGGAGUUCCCUCCCAAGACAACUGCAUCUUUGUUGUAAACGAACACAUGAAUUGUGGAAAGCGUGUCCACCCUGACGGGCCCAUAGAGGCUCCCACCAGGCUGGCUCCUAAGGCUUCAUCAGAGCAGGACAGUAGCGGCAGUGACAAGAAGGAACGUCCCUUGAGCACCAUGAGCGAGGCUUCAAACUACACAGGCGGCUCGGACUACAGCACCUUUCCUGGCAGCCCCACUAUCACGGACACUUCACCUACAACUGUUACCUCAUCCACACGGCCCUCCAGGUCUUCCAAGAAAGUUCACAACUUUGGCAAGAGGUCCAACUCCAUCAAGAGGAACCCUAAUGCCCCAGUGGUCAAGAGCAACUGGCUUUAUAAACAGGACAGUGCAGGAAUGAAGCUGUGGAAGAAGAGGUGGUUCGUGCUGUCAGACAUGUGUCUCUUCUACUACCGUGAUGAGAAAGAAGACAGCAUCCUGGGGAGUAUCCUGCUGCCCAGUUUCCACAUUUCCAUGUUGUCAGUGGAUGAUCGCAUCAGCAAGAAAUAUGCCUUCAAGGCCACUCACCCAAACAUGCGGACUUAUUACUUCUGCACUGACACGGCCAAAGAGAUGGAGACCUGGAUGAAAGUCAUGACGGAUGCUGCCCUCGUCCAUUCUGAACCAACCAGAAGAACGGACAAGUUGAAAGUGGACCAACGAACGCCUCAGGAGCUGAACAACCUACUGAACCACAGAGUCCUAACUAGGCCCGAGAUCCAGAACAAUGAGCGGAACCGUGAACCUGUGCGGCAACAUUCUCUAUCCAGGGCUGACGACAAACGGCAAAAGGGCUCCGAGAAAAACAACGGCCAGCGGGAGCGCGAGUACUACACCUUACAGAGAGAGGGAGAGAAGUAUUCUCUGAAGAAAGAUGGGGUGAGCUACAUGCUGCAGAAGGAUGGAGAGAAGUACCUCCUUCAUAAGGAUGGAGAGAAGUAUUUGCUGAAGAAAGAUGGAGAGAAAUACUCUCUGCAGAAAGAUGGAGAGGUUUACAGCAUACAGAGAGAUCUAGAGAAGUACGCAGUUCAGAAAGUGGGUGAUAAGUACACAGUGACACCGACACAGGAGAAAUAUGCUCCAUCAAAAGAUGGAGAGAAGUAUCUGCUCGCUAAGGAUGGAGAAAAAUAUGCACUGCAGAAAGUUGGAGACAGACACACACUCAAAAAAGAAGGACAGACGUAUGCUCCUCAGAGGGAAGUGAAAAGACAGCUGUCAUUAAGGGAGACAGACAGGUACGGCAUGAUGGAGAAUAAAUAUGGUACACUACAGGUUGUGGACAAAUAUGGCACUUUGAGGGAAGUGAAGAAAUACAGCACGCUACGAGAGGGGGACAGAUAUGCGUCUCUCAGAGAUGCAGAGAAGUAUGCUACACUGCGUGACGCUGAUAAAUAUGGCUUCCAGAGAGACCCAAGCUCUGAAAGGUCUCAGAUCAAAAUCAGCAGCAUCAAAUUACAGCCGGCUCAAGCUGCCGCCAUCGCAGCUGCUGUGUCUGAAUCUCGCCAGGGUCAGGCCACCAUCAACGUCCAGAAACCUAUGAAGGUUAGCAGCUCUGGGUCUGGGGAGCAGACUGGGGACUGUAGUCCAGCAGAUGUGGAUGGCAGUCUGGCCAAGGCUCCGGUCAAUUCCCCAGCUCCUGUGCAGGAGCCGGUGACAGGACUGUCCAGAACCAACUCCAUGAAGCAGCUGGAACACUGGGUCCGCACACAAAGAUCAAGAGGACUGGACGACGACACCAGGAGCAUUACCUCCUACCAGACUUUACCCAGGAAUAUGCCGAGCCACCGUGCUCAGAUUGUGCCCCGCUACCCGGAGGGAUAUCGCACGCUGCCACGCAACAGCAUGAUGAGGCCGGACAGCAUCUGCAGCACGGCGGGGUCCGUGUAUGACCGUGCACUCCGUCCUGCCUCGACCUCCGCUGUCACCACGGCAGAGAAGAGGAGGUCGAUGAGGGAUGACACCAUGUGGCAGCUGUAUGAGUGGCAGCAGAGGCAGGCCUUCUCCAGGCAAAGCCUGGCUCCGCCAACAGCUGUGGGUCAUUAUGGCACCCUGCCCAGCACAAAGACCAUGAGCAACAUCUCUGAACACACUGUGGCUCACUCCAUCCCCACCUCACCAUCUCACGGUUCCCUGGCCCUCUACGGCACCUUCUCCGGCUCUCGCCAGCAGGUGGCUCCAAAUCCUGCAAUCUCUUUCUCUGAGGUGACGUCACCGGUUCUCCUCGGGGACGGGACUCUGGACCGCCGGCAGAGAACACACCUCGCUAAGUACGGCUUCCCAACAGACCGACGGUCGAUUGCAGCUGGCGCCUCUCCUCAGCCCAUUACUGCGCAGUCGCUGCAAGGCAAGACGCCUGAAGAGCUGACAUUACUGCUGAUCAAGCUCCGCCGGCAGCAGGCGGAGCUCAACAGCCUGCGGGAGCACACAGUAACUCAGCUAAUGGCCCUGGGUUUGGAGGGGCCCAACGCCAAGACUGAUGUUCUUUCACAUCACCUCCAAAGGAACCUUGUUUACUUGGACAGUCAGACAAAGGAGAAUGAGCCUCUAAUCUUCAUGAUUCAUACAAUGAUCGAGAACUCAGCACCGAGGCCACAACUCUACCAGCAAGUCAACACAGAAGACAACACAGUUGUCCAGCACACAGAGGAGGCUGACCUAGACACCAAGCUGAGCAGACUGUGUGAGCAGGAUAAGGCAGUGAGGAUGCAGGAGGAGAAACUGCAGCAGCUACACAGAGAGAAGCACACGCUAGAGACAGCCCUGCUGUCAGCCAGUCAGGAGCUGAGUGACCAGAGCGGCAGUGGAGCAGCAGCCACACAGAGUCUGGUCCAGCAGAGGGACGUGCUGCAGAACGGCCUGCUGAGCACCUGCAGAGAGCUGACCAGAGUCAACGCUGAGCUGGAGCGCUCCUGGAGGGAUUAUGACAGGCUGGAGGCAGACGUCACUCUGGCCAAGUCCAACCUGCUGGAGCAGCUGGAGGCCCUGGGCAGCCCACAAACAGAGCCUCCGAGCCAGCGCCACAUCCAGAUCCAGAAGGAGCUGUGGAGGAUCCAGGACGUGAUGGAGGCUCUGGCCAAAAACAAGCCGCAGCGUCGCACAGAUAACACAGAUUUCCCUGGUUCUAAACCGCUCUCUAGUGAACAGAAGAAUGAGACAGUGCUACCGCCACUGGCCCUCAACCCCCCCAUAGUGGAGGGCAACAACGUGCCCCCCCGCCCGCCACUCCCCCAGUACUACGACUCGUCCGAGCGGCCUCACCAGCCGCCGCCGUCCCACCACCACCACAUGCAUACCAGCGGCCGCCUGCCCCCCCACACGGCGCGCCCCGAGGACCGCAAGGCUGGCCCCAGGAAUGCCGCGCACAGCCAAGCUCCAGACUAUCGUCUGUAUAAGAGUGAGCCUGAGCUGACCACAGUGAAGGAGGAAGUGGACGAGGCCAACGGAGAGGACAAGGACAAGACAGAGGGCUCAGAGAGUAAAGACACUGCAGUAUCAAAAGGUCCCCCCUGCCCAGUGGGCAUCGUCCCUCCCAGAACCAAAUCCCCCAUGAGCCCUCCUGAGUCCUCCACCAUCGCUUCCUACGUCACCUUGAGGAAAACCAAGAAGCCUGAAUCCAGAUCAGAUCGACCCAGAAGCGUACUGGAUCAUCUGGGCUUCGGGGAGCGAGAGGUUGGCAGAAUGAGGAUGAGUGUGGAGGAACAGCUGGAGAGGAUGAGGAGAAACCAGGAGGCUUCAUCACUGCGAGAGAAGAGGAGGGAAACCCCAUCCCGCUCACCGUCUUUCAACAAGGACAAUCCUUUCCUAACCCUGCAGAGCCGGGCACAGGCAGAGGGAGCCUGUGCUGACCCUGCGGAGCUGGAAGCAGCUUUGCAGCAGCUAAAGUUGUCUCACAUGGAACAGAGCAGGACAGCUGCUGAGACUCACACGGACAUGCAGAGAGCAGAGGAGGUGAAAAAUGACAGUUGUCAGGAGAUGCAGCAGUGCAGACCCAUGACCCUGGGGAAUGUGAAGGAGCAGAAGGUGGAGAUAAACAGCCUAGACAGUGAGUUGUUUGAAAGUCAGAGGGUAAUGAUUCUGGACCUGGGCACGAAGCCUCAGCAUGUUGAGAUCAUGAACCUCGAGCCCUUUGAGGAUGAUGACAGCAGGAAGCAAGAUCUGACGAGCUCACCCACAAACACCACCACAGAAAACAGUUUUACACAGUGUGCUGCCUCUGCUGAUUGUAGUCUCCAGACGCCAGACCCUGAGACAUCCAGCCCUGAGCCCAAGGAGGAGGAGGCAGAAACGACGCAGCAGACCAGCAGAGGGCAGAAGCUGGAGAGGAGCCUGGACUCUAACAACCAGCUGACGGCAGACAACAAGAAACACAACAACAACAACAACAUGUUGGCUUCACAGACGUUCACCUUGGUGAGCAGCGACACAUGAGUAAUGCCGCCUGCAACGUCUACACUAACAUCCCGUAGAGCCCAAUUGUAGCCCAGUCUGCACAGAGCAUGCUCCACGGCUUCUUACAACAGAACUACUUUGAUACUACUGUUUCAAGCCCACAAGGAGACUGAGAGUGAGAGGAAGGCAGCCCUGCUAAAAGACUGAACCACACACUGAUGGACCGCCAUCACAUGCAAGACAAGAGAAAGAUCUGUCCAUGCUGACAUGUCCUGAAAGCCAUCCAUAUGUUGUCCCAAAACAUUUAUGCAUAAAUAUAAGAUUGUGAAAUAACUGGUGUUAAUCUGUCUGAGCAAGGCAAGAAAUAUUCUACAUGCCCAUAUGAAAGAAAACAUGACUCACGCUGACUCUCAGUACUCAAAAGGUCCACCGUCCAACAAUCAUGAACGCACAAGUAAACACGACAGUUGAGCUUCUGCAAGUUGUUCCUUGAAAUUCAGGGAACAUCCAAAUUGCCAUGAAACAUUUUGUUCCAGAGAUCUCUUUCUUAGUUUGUUUCCUUUUUGUGUUCCUUCAUAGUCAGCAUGUCCAUGUGGGUAAUAUUUGGACUGACAAGCAGGUUUUGUCCAUGGCCCCACUCAUGUUACUGAAACCAUAUGGGACCUGCAUAAUUAGCCCAUGUCCACUUAUAACACAGGUAGUCUGGAAAGGGAACUAUGUGGACAUGGGAAUCGAAGUGGGAAAACACGGGUGGGGUCACCAUGGAAACCAUGAACAAACCAGCUUGGGACUCAUAUUCUCAGCCCCAAUAUAACCCUUAUGGGGCCCACAUGGGCAUGCUGGCUGUGUUCCUUCUUCCUCUCGUCUACAGCUGACACUGACUUGCCCACAGAUGACAAAACAGUUCUCGAUGAAAAAACAUAUUUUUUCGGUUCUGAAUCGGUUUAUUUUCCGUGUGAUCAUGUUGGCGUGUCCAAACUGAACUGUGCUGGAACUUUAAUAUUUUUCCAGCACCAUCUUGUUUUUACUUUUAACCAGAAGAAACCUUGUUCAGAAGAGCAUGGUGGGCCUGAUUGUGUGUUCCACUUACAUGGUUCUUCAUAAUUUCCCAGUUACUGGAAGUUUCAAUUGACUCUAUGCACGGUCACUUCCUGGUUUUCAAUCUGCAGACGUUACCAAGGGCAGUUAGCGAGGAAUUAUACAAUCUAGUGGAGGCUGUACACUGAGGAAGCAGUGCUAUGCAGUUGUCCCCUCAUGAAAAAUGCCUUUUUCAUUUUAGGCCAUGUUCAAUCCCUCUGGACUAACUAUCAAAACAACUACAAAAAGACAAUAUAAAUAUUUUCAAUCGAUAUUGGACGUUUUAUUCACUAACAUUACCUUACAAAGUCCAAAUUACUCCUUAGUGACAACUGACUGUAAAUUAAGGAGCUGGUUUAUAAUUUAGCAGAAGUUGUAAGUGACACUCUGAGCUAUAGUCCAUUGAGACAUCAUAUGAAUUUGUAAAUCGAGGUCAUCCAAGUUGUUCAAAAUUCUCAUGCCCCAAAUUCACAUUUCAAGAUGGCUGCUCUGAGCGUCCACAGAGUGAAAGGUGCAGUUUACUAUUGUGUGAGCACUGUUCCACUAGUGUCUGUGGACACGUUGCUACAAUGCUUUUGUGUAAAAUGUACUCCAUAACGUGUUUAUAAAAUGGAGUAGAUUCGCUUGCUAGUUAGGGAACCUAGCUAUAUUCCUAAUAUUAACCACAAAAUAAUCUGACUAGUGAAGUUUAGUGGAAAUUAGUGGAAGAACGCUUUUAACUUUUAACUAUUGACAUCAUUCUCAGUUCUGACUUACAACUUCAGUUGUACGUGUUUUGUAUUGCUUGUCCACUUUCACCUGCAACCUAUUGGACAGUAGCUUGCCGUCACACAAUGUCCACAACCCUGAUUUAUUAUCUUUUUCACUCUGAAUGGGACCACGAUUCACAAAAUGGACAUCAUGAAGAAGACCUGAAACUAGUGAUUGAAACCAUAUACCCCUCAGGAAAACUGACAUCAAGUGAAAAUUAGGCUCAUUUUGCAUAGUUUUACAAACAGACCAGUGGAGCCACCACCUUAUUGCCAUUUAUAUGGGUCACAUACACUUUCUUAUUGGCUUUACUAUAAGGCUGAAUGGAUUAUUCAAUUAAUUGAUUACUAAUCAAUUGCUAAAUUAAUCGUCAAAUAUUUAGAUUUUUAUAUAUAUAUAAUUGAAACUUCUUAAAUAUGAAUUUUUUUUGGUUUCAUUGCUCCAUUUGACAAAGAAAUCAUUAAAACUGAAACAUUUUGGUUUGUGGAAAUAACAACAAAUGACAUUUGUGAACAUCGAUCACUUAUAGGUUUGGGAAACACCGGUUUUAUGGACCAACCCUGUUGCAGCUCUACUUUACUGUCAAGACUCAGACUAUGUCCAUUUUACACUUUAAGAACGUCUAUCUCCACUGGGUUCUAUCUAUCUCCAGGCAUGUCCAUGUCGUAGGAGGUCACUGUAAUAUUUACUUCAAAAGGUUGCUUUGUUAUACAAGCCAGUGACAGUUGCAGUUAGAGUUCAUCAGAACUUUCUGUUUUACUGAUGGGUAGUUAUCGCCGCAUGCGACAGCAGAAUGUUAUAUGUAAAGUAUCCACUUAUUCUAAAUGCGGACUGCAAUAUAAACACAACAAUUAGCACGUUUUACAAUUGAUCCAGUCAAGCUGAAUAACAAAGUAAAUGGUGAACAGGCGCCACCCAUAUUGACAUGAUCUCUCUUUUAUGCUGCGUACACACCAAACACAAGUUUUUUGCAUUGUGCCAUGCCCUUCUCACCACGGGAUCACUGCAUUUUUUAGGCAACAUCAAGCCGCUUCGCUGACCAUUUACCAUGCUCUCUCAUUUUUGUUGUCCCGCUACAUAUAUCACUUUGUGUCUUAGAGCUCCGGGUGCCCACACACAGAAAUGAUCAUUUUCCAAAGUCGGAGCAAUUAUAUGGGUUUCUUUACAAUGUGGGCAGUUGUUACGAGGGAAUGCACAAUAUCACUUUUUCAUGUACAAUACCAACAUCACAAACUUAUUCUAUACCGAUAAAGAUAUCAAUCCGAUACCAUCAUUUUAGACAUUUUAAACUAUGAAGCCAUUUCAUGCUAAUAAUUGUCCAACUGUAACAAAUAUUCUUCUCCUAGAAAGUAAUUAGCAGCCUGCAACAUUAGUGAAAUGCUGUUGCUGAUUUUUAUGCUACAGUCUGUGCACAGUAUUGGAUUUUUGGAUUAUGUCAGAUUUCGUGUUUUUAUCUUUCCAAAAUCCAAUCCAGUGAUUCCGAUACCGGCUUAUCCCUAGUAGCUAGCUACCAAUACUGGAAUAGCAACCUUUCCACUGAAGGGUCCAUGCAUGCACUUUCAGCUUGGUAGAACAGCCACUAGAAGGCCCCUCCCAUUUUCAUAACUGCCAUGUGAUUGGUUAAAGCCUCCUGAUUUCCCUAAAGGCUGGAAACAGAGUCUAAAUAGGGUGCAGAAGUCCAGCUCUCUAUCAGAUCACUUGAUUUACAUUGUGCUGAAUUUGGUUAUUAUGGAAUUAUGGAUUAUUAACACCAAUAUGCCAAAUAUAUGUUGCCUACUCCAGCUUUAAUUAGUCUUUAAGUGUUUGACUAGAGCUAAAAAUAUGAAGAAAAAAACAGUUUCACAAUCUUCACUGUAUGUAUGACUUGUUUUGGGAUUUGACGUGUUUUGUUACUCACAGCUUUUGAAACGUUUCUCAGUGUUAAAGUCAUGCUGACUUCCCACUGAUGGUGAGAGGAGACUAGAGCUGUAAAUGUUGUAGGAGCAAAAAAGAUGGGCUCAGCACCAAAAUGUGACACACAUGCAGUGCUUUACUCUCACACCUAAGUGAUUUAUCUUCCAUUAAUGAAUUACUUUAAAUUGUUUGCUUUCCACUCUAUUUUCACACCCUUUACACCUGCCUUGUAAAAGAUUAUACACACAUAUAUAAGUAUAUAAAGAGUAUAUGAACAAACUUAAAGCAGGUUUUUACUUUAACAAGGUGCCCCUUCAUGCUGCUGUUUUCCUUUUGGACAGAAAUAUGUCUCUUGCAAGAGUUGUGAUUGCUUCUCCUUGUUGCUGAUGGAUUUCCAGUCCGUCUCUC